UUUCUUUUGAUGGUCCUCACAGACUAUUUCCAUGAAAACCCGGCCAGUUCUGUUCCUUUUCGACUUUGUAUUGAUGGAAAAUGGAUUCUUGUUGAUGAACAACUUUUAAGAGCACAUCCUGGGGGAGGGGCAAUGCUUGCUUAUCGAAAUUUGGAUGCAACUGCUGUUUUUCAUGCUUUUCACGCCGAUUCAAAACUUGCAUAUAGCUGGUUGAGAGAAUUACGGGCUAAACAAACAAGUGUAGAUUCUUUAGAGGAGAAUGGCAUUGUACACAAUUUGACAAACGGAGAACAAAAGGAUGAAAAUGAGGAAAAGGUUAUUUGA